CGAGGAGCUGGGAGGGAGAGAGGGAGGGGGUGGGCGCGGGCGCGCGCGCGCGCGGCCGUUGCACCUGGCGCCGUGCUCGGGGCUCCACGUCGCCAGGACAACGGGGCCUCGCCGCCGCCGCCAUGGUUUUCUCAAAUAAUGACGAAGGCCUUAUUAACAAAAAAUUACCCAAAGAGCUUCUCUUAAGAAUUUUUUCUUUCUUGGACAUAGUUACUUUGUGUCGAUGUGCACAGGUUUCCAAGGCAUGGAAUGUUUUAGCUCUGGAUGGAAGCAAUUGGCAAAGAAUAGACCUUUUUAAUUUUCAGACAGAUAUAGAGGGUCGUGUUGUGGAAAAUAUAUCGAAAAGGUGUGGUGGAUUCCUGAGACAACUUAGUCUGAGAGGAUGUCUUGGUGUUGGAGACUUCUCUUUAAAGACCUUUGCACAGAACUGUAGAAACAUUGAACACUUAAAUCUAAAUGGGUGCACAAAAAUCACUGACAGUACGUGUUACAGUCUUAGCAGAUUCUGUUCCAAGCUGAAACAUCUGGAUCUGACAUCUUGUGUAGCCAUCACAAACAGCUCUUUGAAAGGCUUAAGUGAGGGUUGCAGAAAUCUGGAACAUUUGAAUCUUUCCUGGUGUGAUCAGAUUACAAAGGAUGGUAUUGAAGCACUGGUGAAAGGGUGUAGUGGACUAAAAGCACUAUUUCUUAGAGGUUGCACACAGUUAGAAGAUGAAGCACUGAAACACAUUCAAAAUCACUGUCAUGAACUUGCAAUCCUGAAUUUGCAAUCCUGCACACAAAUUUCAGAUGAGGGUAUUGUAAAAAUCUGUAGAGGAUGCCAUAGACUUCAGUCACUGUGUGUUUCUGGCUGUAGCAACCUUACAGAUGCUUCUCUAACAGCACUUGGUCUAAACUGCCCAAGGCUGAAGAUUUUGGAAGCUGCAAGAUGUUCACAUCUUACAGACGCUGGUUUUACCCUUUUAGCACGGAAUUGCCAUGAGCUGGAGAAGAUGGACUUGGAAGAAUGUGUUUUGAUAACUGACAGCACGUUGAUACAACUUUCUAUACACUGUCCUAAACUACAAGCAUUGAGCUUAUCUCACUGUGAAUUGAUCACUGAUGAUGGGAUUCUUCAUCUGAGCAACAGUACGUGUGGCCAUGAGAGGCUCCAAGUGCUGGAGCUUGAUAACUGUCUUCUCAUCACUGAUGUAACUCUGGAACACCUGGAGAACUGCCACAACUUGGAGAGAAUCGAGCUGUAUGACUGUCAGCAAGUCACGCGGGCCGGAAUCAAAAGAAUCCGAGCUCAUCUACCUCACGUGAAAGUUCAUGCUUACUUUGCUCCAGUAACUCCCCCUCCUUCGGUAGGAGGGAGUGGACAGCGCCUCUGCAGAUGCUGUAUUAUUCUUUGACAGUAAGUAAGUGCAACCACACAGAUUUUUUUUGGUGAAGAAAAGAAUUGGACUGAAAGUCAGUGGAAGGAGUCAGUUUCCUGACAGUUAUAAUGGUGGUGUUUGGUCAUCCAGUUUUGUGUCAAGAAAAGCAUUUUUUUCCAGGUAAAAAUCUUAACAUGAUGUUCAGAUGUGGAUUAAGUUGGUUGGUGAUGCUUUGGUGUGUAUUAGUAACUCCUUCCUUCUGUUGGCAUGAGAACUGAAGUAUCUUGUAAAAUGUGGGGGCGUUUCAGCAUAGUGGCUAUUUGGUGAAUGUUCACUAAACUUGGAAGUUACUUUGCGUUUCUAAGCACUAUUUAGUGUGAAGUUGUAAGGUGAAGUUGGGGGCUCAAGUCAGUCACACAAAGAAACUGAACCUGCUGUUCUGUAAUAUAUGUGGCAGAUUAAAUAUCAGGUUUAAGGGCAAAUCAGCUUUAGCAAACCUUGACCAAAAAUGCAAGGUAAUCAUGAGUUCUUACAACAAAACAGCUUAUACUUUUUCAUGAUUUGUCUUCAUAUUUAAUUACAUAACAGAACAUAGUACCUCAUGGUAACUAUAUAAAUACUUUUCAAAGUUUUGAACUUGGUUCAGUUGAAUGUGUUAAUUGAAAGCUUGCCCAUCACUGAAGCACGUUUUAUGCCCAAUGCCAUCAGCCUUUAAAAGAGGUUAGAAAUCCACUGUGGUAGAGCUUGUGCACUACUGUAAUUGGCUGCCACAAUCAUACAUGGUGCUUACUGUAAUGCUGUUACUGUGUGUCCUCGCUUUGUGUCUCCUUGGUUUUGUAAGGGCAGGUUGCAGCAACUCCAGGAAGAGGGGUAUGCUACUCGUGUUUUUCUACAGAUGAUAGAACCUAUGCUAAGUUGCAGGAACUUUGAUGGAGCGAGGACUUUGAUUCAAGCUGUUUGUCCUAUGCAUUUUAGGGACGCAGCAAGCAGAUCGGCAAGUAGAUCUGUAGGCAGUUGAACCAGAGCUACCCUGUGGUUUUCACAUGUAGAAAGCCAAACUCUUCACAUUCGAGUUGUUGAAGAAGCUGUCAACUUCUGAGUAAUAAUAAUAAAAAAUCUAAGUAUUAACUCUUAAGGCCAGGCUUUCAUACUUAGUUUUCCAGUGCUAGGGGAUUAGAUAAACUUUUUUAUAUUAAGCAACCUAAUUAGCUGAGAUAAACUACUCAACAGUUCAGAAAGCUUUUCUGUGUAAGAUUGAGUGCGUGUGUGUAUGUUUUAGAGUUCAGGGCCUGUGUGUUUACUGAAACCUAACAGAAAUACUGGCUUCAUUAAAAAGCAGUUGAAGCUCCUAUUAAGUAGUACUGCAGCCUCCCCAGCGAUUUAGAAUGAGUUUUUGAAAGUGAAUGCGAACAUUAAGAGACUUUGAUGGGUAACAACAGCUGUGUUGUGUUCAUGCUUCACACAUUCACAGGUGAUGGGGGAUGGUAGAUGAAGAUGAGGAUAAAUAGAUUGUAGUGCAGUACAUGGAUUUCUUUACUACUACAAAAUAAGUAAAUUAGGGCUUGUUUUGCACAGUGGUGAAGGAGUGUUGUUACAAUCAGAUUUCCAUUAAGAUAAAGCUAUAAUAGAGAGUUUUAAGCAGAUUUUAUUCUCAACUGUACCAGGAAGGUCAUUGGUAGGUACCAGUGUGUCAAAAUGUGUUGCCUUUUGUUGGCUCAUUUUUUUCUAAGAACAUAAUGAACAUUGUAAGUAAGUCUAUUGCAUAAAAAAUGUACAAAAACAAAUGGAACCUACUCUGAUAUAGGACA